AAAGAAAAAAGGGAAAAAAAGAAAAAAAGAAAAAAAGGGAUCUCAGAUACGGCAAGUGAAAACCGGAGAGAGGGCCCUUUCACCGAAUCGGAGGCUUCUUCUACGCUUAGCUUUCCGCGAUGCCUUCCUCGCCGAAGCUCUUCCACGCUCGCCAUUCCCCCACUUCUCCAUUCUACUCUCGCAGAUCCUCUGUUCUUCUUUUCGGCUCUUGUCUUUUCAUCGGAAUUUCUGGUUUCAUCUUCGGCCUCACCUCUUUUUUCACUCCUCAUCUCCGCUAUAAUUGCUCCAACCGUGACCCGAGGACUGUCAAAGUCGUCUGGAACAGACCGGCUGAUUCUGCUGGUGUUAGUACUGGAGGAACUGGUAGCGAUGCGAAGCGUCAUAAAGUGAUGGGGUUUGUUGGGAUCCAGACUGGGUUUUCAUCUGUUGGUCGGCGGCGAUCUUUGAGGAAGACAUGGCUGCCUUCUGAUCGGGAAGGACUUCAACGUUUGGAAGAAGCCACUGGCUUGGCUUUCAGGUUUAUAAUUGGAAAGACAAGUGACAAGGCCAAAAUGUUGGAACUCAAAAAGGAGGUAGCAGAGUUCGACGAUUUUUUGCUAUUAGAUAUUGAAGAAGAGUAUAGUAAGCUACCUUAUAAAACGCUAGCAUUCUUUAAAGCUGCAUAUGCACUAUAUGAUUCUGAGUUUUACGUCAAAGCUGAUGAUGAUAUAUAUUUAAGGCCAGAUCGCCUUUCACUUUUACUGGCUAAAGAACGGUCACACCCUCAAACUUACAUUGGCUGCAUGAAAAAAGGCCCGGUUUUCAAAGAUCCAAAGUUGAAAUGGUACGAGCCACUUUCUCAUUUGCUUGGAAAUGAGUAUUUCUUUCAUGCCUAUGGUCCGAUAUAUAUCCUUUCUGCUGAUGUUGUUUCAAGCUUGGUUGCUCUUAAAAAUAAUAGUUUCCGGAUGUUUAGCAAUGAGGAUGUAACAAUAGGCGCUUGGAUGCUCGCUAUGAAUGUUAAUCAUGAGAACGAAAAGGCACUCUGUGAACCAGACUGUACGCCAACAUCUAUUGCAGUAUGGGAUAUUCCCAAGUGUUCAGGACUUUGUAAUCCGGAAAAGAAAUUGUUGGAACUUCACAGUAAAGAAAGCUGUACAAAGAGCCCUACUUUACCGUCUGAUGAUGAUUCAUGAGAAUCCCCAUUUCUCAAGUGACUCGAGCAGCGUCUAGCAGGGACGUUCUGUGUAGUCCUAAGCGUGUAACAUCAGUUUCACCCCCUUUAAUCUUCUGAAUAUGUAUUUUUCGAAAAGAUUUCUAUACGAUUUGAUUUCAUAUUCGUCCUGAUUCCAGGGGGUGGCUUUAGAAAUAGAGCAAUAGGAAAUGAACAGUUGUUAGUUUUUUUGUAAUCUAUUAUAAUGUCGUUCCCCUAGUUCUCAUUCUUUGGUACCAAAGGCUUAUUUACUUCUGCAGAGUUGUAAAAUUGAGCAGCUGCCACUACCCUUUCCCUUUUCAUUUUGUGGCUGUCUGGCUUAUAUGCUUCUGAGUUUAAUAUAAUCCUUAAGGCAUCAUUUCAUUCUUUCA